CUCUCUCUCCCCGGGAAAAAUGGAUAACUUCUUUCCCUUUUCCUCUUCUAACGCAAACUCUGUCCAAGAAUUCGCUAUGGAUGCUAACAACAAUCUCUCGCACCUUUUGUAUUCUUACCCGAUGGAGCAGAUGGCAGCCGUGAUGAAUCCUCAUCAGCCGCUUUACUCGUCCGAUGCUUUUCCUCAGAUCCCGGUUUCGCAACCCGGAAGUGAGGUCUGUUCUUUGGUUAGUAAUCCUAAUCCUUGUUUGAGACCAGAGAGAGGUGGAUUGUUUCUUGAUCCGACAAAGAUGGCCAGGAUCAACAGGAAGAACGCGAUGAUCAGAUCAAGAAACAACUCUAGCCCUAAUUCUAGUCCAGAUGAGGUGGUUGAGUCAAAGAGACAGGUGAUGAUGCUUAACAUGAGAAAUAACGUGCAGAUCCCUGAGAGAAAAGAUCUCUACCCUCACUCCACUUUCGAUAACAAGAAGCUUAGGGUUUCGUGUGUGAAGCUUUUGAAGAACAGCGAUGUUGGGGCUCUUGGGAGGAUAGUUCUCCCAAAGAGAGAAGCCGAAGGAAAGCUUCCGAAGUUAUCUGAUAAAGAAGGAAUCGUUUUAGAGAUGAGAGAUGUUUUCUCUUUGCAGUCUUGGUCUUUCAAAUACAAGUUCUGGUCCAAUAACAAGAGCAGAAUGUAUGUCCUCGAGAACACAGGAGAAUUUGUGAGGCAAAAUGGAGUAGAGUCAGGAGAUACUUUAACAAUAUACGAGGACGAAAGCAAGAAUCUCUACUUCGCCGUUACAAAGCCGGGAAGACAAAAUGGAGGAAGAGGAGCUAAGUCGAUGGAAGUGAACGAGAGGAACCACUACGAAGAGAUAAUGUAUGAUUUCAUGCCAGGAGACGAAGAAGAAGCUUCUAUUGCAAUGCUCAUCGGAAAUCUAAACGAUCACUAUCCCAACCCUAACGAUCUCAUGGGCCUCACCGUUGACCAUCAGCAUUAUCAAGCCGCGUCCUCGUUGCUAUCUGUGGAUUAUGCGCACGUGGGUUCACUCGAUGAUCAAGUGAGCUUUGACGACAUUGUGUGGUGAUGUAGUGGAAGUUCAUAUAGGUACCCCCUUGUGAAAAUGGACCUUGGGCUAUACAAAGAAGAGAGAUUAAAAGAAAAGAAGAUAGUAUAUUUCAUCAUCUGAGAUUUACCCCCAUUUGAGAGUUUUUUAAUUAAGAGAAAUUAUCAUUUAUGUUCAUAAUGUAAUUUACUAAAGAUUCGUUUUGAGUUUUAUAAGCCGGAAGAUAUUUUAACAUCUUUUUAGCAAACAAUUUUCAUUUUAUUU